UUGCGUCCAUCGUGAGCACCGGCGGCGGCAAGUCAACAAAAAUGGCGCUGUCCAUAAGAAGGAUCGUGCUUGACCGACUACGAUUAUGCGCUGCCACCUGUCAAACGCAGGCUCACAAGCAGCCUUUAGGCACGCAGUCAUUUCAUCAGCAACAAACAGCGGUGCAACAGAAAGUAAACGAACAAGAAGGCACAGAGAAACAACUCGCAGCUUCCCCAUUACAACAUCCCGACUACUUUGGCCUUCAUAAGAUAAUCAGUGUAAAGGAACUGUUUGAUGCAAGGGUGCAUUUAGGCCACAAAGAGGGCUUGCUAAACGUGCACAUGAAGCCAUACAUCUUUGGCUCCCGUUUGGGUUGCCAUAUCAUAGACCUGGACCAGACGGUUCUUCAUCUGCACCGUGCAUUGAAUGUAGUCGCACACAUCGCUUACAGGGAUGGAGUGAUACUUUUUGUGUCACGUAAUCUGCAGAUGGCACACUUCAUAGAAAACACUGCGCAAGAGUGCAAAGAAUUCGCAAACACCCGUGCCUGGCCACAUGGUCUCCUGACGAACUCCACUCGCCAGUUUGGCACGGAGACAAGGUUGCCGGACUGCAUUAUUCUGCUCUCAACGCUGGACACCGUCUUUGAGCAGCACUUGGCGGUCGUAGAGAGCUGCAAAAUGCUGAUUCCCACUGUAGCUAUUGUGGACACCAACAGCGACCCGACCUUGAUCACGUACCCAGUUCCCGGGAACGACGACACUCCUUCGUCCAUCGAGUUGUACUGUCGCCUGUUCAAGGAGGCCAUCCUGAGAGGGAAGGCUCGAAGAAAGCAGGACGAAGAAAGUCGCGGGGUGGUUGAAAGUUAGAGAGCAAGCUGUUGGAUUGUAAAUUGUUACGUCUUUUCUUUUUUUUUUUUCUGUGCACGUAGUGGAGCAGGAAGUGUGUCAAUUAUAGUGCAUUAUCAGUGUUUUGUGAUUGUUUGGCUAUACAGGAGACUGUGGCUUAGUAAAGAUCCCACGGCAGAUGCA